AUGUCUGCGAUAGCCCUCCCGAUCGAGGACGAGCUCCACCCGGCUCACGAGCUGGCACUCAAGAUGCUGCUCGCAGGCGUGGGUAACUCUGUCAGCGCAACAAUCACCAACCCUGCAGACCUGGUCAGGCAGCAGCUGUACAUCAAGCAGGGCUCUGGUCUGUCUCCAAGCUUUCUCCAUGUGCUCCGUGACAUGGUCCGCAACGAGGGGUUUAUGAGCAUUUACAACGGCGUGUCGGCUUCGAUCUGUCGUGAAAUGUCCUACUCGGGUAUCCGCAUGGGCUGCUACGACCUGUUCAAGACCGGUCUGGUCGGCGCCUCGAGCCUCGAUCCACACAGCGUGGCGGUCAAGCUCGGCGCAGGGAUGGGAAGCGGCAUGCUCGGCGCGGCAAUUGCCAACCCGGCCGACGUGCUCAAGGUCCGUCUCCAGGCUAUCGGCGGAUCCAAGAUGGGUCUGUUGGCACAUGGCAGACAGAUUCUGAAGGAGGACGGUAUCAGGGGGUUCUACCGCGGUCUCGUGCCGACGAUUCUGAGGGCUGGCGUCCUCACCUCGUCCCAACUCGGCUCGUACGACGUCGCCAAGCACUGGGUCCGCACGCACUACCCAACCUACUUCCCCGAAGGUUUCCUCACCCACUUCAUCUGCUCGGGCUUUGCCGGUUUCGCGUGCUCGGUGGCCUCGGCACCCAUCGACACGGUCAAGGUGCGCGUCAUGAACGACCGUGCGGGCAAGUUCAAGUCGGGCCUGGACUGUGCCGUCCAGUUGAUGCGCUACGAGGGGCCGUUGGCGUUUUACAAGGGAUUCUUUGGAUGCUGGAUCCGCCUGUGGCCGCACACGGUCAUCUCGCUCAUCAUCUUUGAGAAACUGAGAGCUUUGGUGGGUCUCAAGCCAAUCUAG